AGUUAGUUUGGCUGCAGACUUAGGAGGGAGAUGUUGACAACUGUGAGACAAGCGAUGAGGUCAUCUUACAGGGUAGGGAACCCAAUUAGAUUCCAGCCGACGAAUGUAGUUGGUCUUUUACUUUUAUCCCUGGUCCUUUCAUUUAUGCUCGUCCAAUCGUAUGAGUUAGGCCAUGCCAGUGGUGAAACGAAUGCAAAUUCAAAGUACCCUUUGACAACUCCUGUAGAAGAAAACUUAAAAGUCCGUUUUAAAAUUGGUGUCAUCUCUGACGAUGAUAAAAAUGCAGUGAGCAAAGAUGAGUCAAACACAUGGGUAAGCACCUACUUGACAGGGACCCUUGAGUGGGAAAAGAGUGCAGAUAAAAUUACUGUCCAAUGGGACAAGGCAAACGAAAAAAAAGUAAAAAGCAAGUAUAGCUAUGGAGGGCGAGGGAUGGAGCUAUCGGAGCUUGUUACCUUCAACGGUAAUUUACUUACCUUCGAUGACAGAACAGGACUGGUUUACAUAUUGAAAGAUGACAAAGUCUACCCUUGGGUUGUGCUGGCUGACGGAGAUGGUAAAAAUAGUAAAGGAUUCAAAUCAGAAUGGGCGACAGAAAAAGCCGGCAAUUUAUAUGUUGGAAGUUCGGGUAAAGAAUGGACGACAAAAGAAGGUACAAUUGAAAAUUAUAAUCCAAUGUGGGUUAAGAUGAUAAAUAAGAAUGGUGAAGUUACGUCCUUAAACUGGCAAACCAAUUAUGAGAAAAUUCGGUCAUCCAUGAAUAUUACCUUCCCAGGGUAUAUGUGGCAUGAGGCUGCAUGCUGGAGUGACAAGUACAAUAAAUGGUUUUUCCUUCCGAGGGCAUUAUCCCAAGAAGCUUAUGACAGCAAAAAAUUUGAAACCCAAGGGGCAAACGUUAUAAUAUCAUGCGAUGAUAAAUUUGAAAAAUGUGAAGUGAACGGACUGUUUUGUUUUCAGCCCACUCAGAUUCAAGGCAAAACUGAAGAUAAACGUGGAUUUUCCAAUUUCAAAUUUGUGCCAACUUCAGAAGAUAAAAUUAUUGUAGGCCUAAAGACGGUUGAAGCCGAUGAUACAACUGAAACUUAUUUCACGGCUUUUGAUUUGGAGGGUAAAGUUUUGUUAGAGGAAACGAAAAUAGAUGAUCAUAAAUAUGAAGGUGUUGACUUUGUAUAAAUUAAAUGAUUCGAGUGUAAAACUCUAUUGAUUGAAUUCGACUGUUUGGCAGUUAAAGCAAGUAUAAAUAUUAUAGUUGUAGACUUGGGUGAAAUGAAUUAGUAAAAUGCUAUGAAAAUUUGAUUCAUAUUUCUGUAUAUUCAAAAUUGUGUAUUAUUAUUAAAUAAAUAAAAAGUUCAUAUUGCA